CACGCAGAAAAGAACCCCUGGGCCCUGGGCCCUGAGAGACGGUGGUGGUGGUAGUGAGGGGGGUUUUCUGCGGGAUUGUUCCACGAGCCUCAUGGUUUGGAAGUUUGAGGUUUGAUCUCGAGAUCAGUGAUGGGAUGGGAGGGAUGGGGUGGAUAUCUUCCGAGACUUUGUAGUGGGUUGGUGGUGGUGGUUGUUGUUGUUGUCGCUGAACUGUAGGUGUGGACUCUUCCCAUACCCACAAUGAAGAUGUUGAUACCAGGAGAUGAAUGUGGAUAUAGAUAGUAUAGAUACUGUGCCUUUCAUCUCACUGGAUUGCCCUGUCUCUGGACCGCGAGGUCUAUCUCCUAGACCUUCCUCGGAUCAAUCAUAUCUAUCAUCAAUAUCAACAACAAGUCAACAGAACUACAGCCCCAAGCACCACACCACGCAAAGGCAAAGGAACCCAUCUCCAAAGUUUCAAACCCCCAUCACCAUCGCACAAACCACAAAAAAGCCAAACGGCCCCCACAAAGUCAACGUUACCAACUCCACCAACCCCGACAUAGGAACACCAUGUCCACCCAGUACCCAUGCCAUUUUUCUCUCUCUCCCUCUCCCUCUCUCCGAAGACAGAGAAGACAACCCCAAUGAUGACCCUGAGAAUUGUAUCACCAUCGGAACGUAUCCCACUUCCAUCAACAUCAGCAUCGCAUCAGCACCGCAUCGCACCGCAUCCCCACCAAAGGUCAGGUCAGGUCAGGUCAGAAGAUAGACACGCGCAACUCGGCGCAAAAUGGACACCAUCCACUCCACUCCCCAUCCACAAACACCACCAAGCUCCAAGAGAGCGAAAGCGAAAGCGAAAGCGAAAAGCGAAAGCUACACAAAGCAACAACAUAA